GGGAGAAGAAACAGGAGGGAAACAGAAGGACGGAGAUCGAAAGAGAGAGUGCGAGCGAGGCAUAAGUUCACUCAGUCUUAACGUUUCAGUUUCACUCCGGUUUAGUCUGAAAACGCAUGCGUGCAACUCGGUGCCUCGGUUGCCGAAUUCUCUAAUCGGUAACGUGACAUUAGAUUCAACAUCACGAGAUCUAUAUAUUUUUCCCGAAACAUAAGCGACUCAUCGUCUCAGUAUUUUCCUUCGAGACGAGGAAGGCUCUCCAAGCGGGAGAAAGGAAUCGUUUGUUUUUUCAUUUCCCGUAAUUGCCGCCGGCUGGAGAGAAAGGGACCCGGCCAGGGAUCAGCGUAGUUUCGCAGAUAAAAGGGAAUGGGAUACGGCACGGAAAUGGAUGGCUGCGGACGUUUCAUGAAAUAUUCCCUGUUCUUCACGAACUUCGUCAUCUUUAUUGGCGGACUUAUCGUAACGGGUUUAGGCAUUUGGGCCUUGGUUGACAAAGUACCAUGGAUAGGCGAACUCGUGGGAAACGAUCUGUUAACCGGUGCAGUUUAUGUUUUAUUGGUCGGCGGAAUCGUCGUGGCUUUUAUCGCCUUCUUCGGAUGUAUCGGUGCAUCACGGGAAGUCAAGUGUAUGCUCCUGACAUACUUCAUAAUCGUAUUCUUGCUGUUUGUAACUAUGCUCAUCGGCGGCGUUCUGGGAUACAUUUUCCGCGAAAAAUUGCUGAGUACGGUCGACAGAGAGAUGAAGAGUUCGUUGCGGCUUUACGAUCAUCGUAAAUCCAUUCGCGAUGCUUGGGACACCACGCAAUCGACGCUCCAUUGUUGCGGAGUUAACAACUGGAGGGACUGGGGAACUUACGGCCUCAACGUGCCAGAUAGUUGCUGUCGAGAAAUUUCACCUGGCCAGCGAUUCAACUGCAAUCAUAGCCCGGAUUCGAUAAAUCCUUCCAAUGCUUACGUAGAGGGUUGUAUCAAUGGAACACGAGUCUACAUGCAACAACACGCAACCGUUGUGGGUGCUGCUGGUAUUGCAGUUGCAUGUCUCAUGUUCUUUGGAAUGAUAUUCUCCUGCGCACUCUUUAAGAUGAUCGAAUGACAACAGGACAUCAAUAUAGUCUGAGGCUGUCUCAGAUUUCGUAAAAACGAAUGAGGAAGCGGUAAAUCUUCGAAAUCUUCAGAAGAUUCGUGCAACUUUACCAAUCAAUAAAAUUACUUGUCGCCAUAAACGAGGUUGAUUAUAUCGUGAUAAUCAAAAACAAGAAUCUCCAUCCGAUUGUACAGAUCUCGCUGAUUUGUUACCCACACUGUUACAUCUAUAAUGUCAAAUUUAAACUAAUUUAAGUCGCCACUGCUC